CAGUGGAGAAAUGGAAAUAUAGACGUGGUCUGACUUACCGAAAAAUGGGCGAUGGGAUUGAGAAGGGUUGGAAGUGAAGGUUGAGACGGGCUGGUCGAAAUUUUGUAUGUACUAACGCCAAGACGUCCGUGCGUCGACUUAGCGAAUUUUCGCCAUUUCGCACACAUCUCUUCUCGAUCGCGAACUUCGAACUUCAACCCCAACGCAUCUCGACCGUCCACCUCCGUCGACAACAAACCUGCACAAUGGGUCGCCUUCACAGCAACGGAAAGGGUAUCUCGGCCUCGGCCAUCCCCUACUCUCGCCAGCCCCCAGCGUGGCUCAAGACCACCCCCGACCAGGUCGUCGAGCAGAUCUGCAAGCUUGCAAAGAAGGGCGCCACUCCCUCGCAGAUUGGCGAGGUCCUCCGUGACUCCCACGGUGUUGCCCAGGUCAAGGUCGUCACCGGAAACAAGAUCCUCCGCAUCCUCAAGUCGAACGGCCUCGCUCCUGAGAUCCCCGAGGAUCUCUACAUGCUCAUCAAGAAGGCUGUUGCCGUCCGCAAGCACCUUCAGACCAACCGCAAAGACAAGGACUCCAAGUUCCGUCUCAUUCUCAUCGAGUCCCGUAUCCACCGUCUCUCCCGCUACUACAAGACCGUCGGUGUCCUUCCCCCCACCUGGAGGUACGAGAGCGCCACCGCCUCUACCCUUGUCGCAUAGAGGAAAUGUGGGUUGCUGUACGAGGAUGCGGUUCAAAUAAAAAUAGCAUUUGGAGUUACGGACUGCAUGAAUACAUGCUUCAUCGGUUAC